AUGGCUUCAACCAAGAAGGUGGCUUCUGUUCGCUCUCGUGGUCGUGCUGCUCGCUCAAGGCCUUCUUCCGUGUCAAGUGCCGGCUCCAUUCGUUCUCGUUCGGGUCGUUCGCGCACUCCAGCUGCCCCAAGAGCUUCGAUCUUCAAUUACCUUCCCAAGCCUCAUCAUCAAGCCCUUCGCGAAGCCCUUCGAGCUCGCCGUAUUGAUGAGAAGGGACGUCAACGUCGCGUGGACAAGAAAUCGCUUCCUUCUGCUGCGGUCAACCAAAUGCCCUCAAGCCCUUCGGGAUCUCAGAGUUCCGGAAGUCUCUCGGAUUUUUCUGCAACCUCUCCAUCCUCCGCCGGUGGUCAAAGCUCUCGUUCGGCUUCAGUGAUGACGGCUGCAUCGGGUGGAUCUUCUCCUCUCGGCAAGCGCGCCGGUCACGCAUCACGUUCUCGCUCUCGUUCGCGUUCAACUCGUGGUCGCUCCGCAUCGGGCGCCUCCCGUUCCAACAAGAAGCGUGUGGCAAAGCGCGGACGCUCGACCUCGGGUCAACGAGCUGGUCGUGCCUUGAAGAGUGCUGGUUCCGGUCGUGGACGCUCCAGAUCGGCCUCAACUAGCCGUGCCGCCCGUUCUCGUUCUCGUUCCCGCAAGAACAUCAAAGCCAAGUCACCAAAAUCCGCGCCAAAGUCUGAGAAGAAGCGUCGCUUGGCCGCUGACUGC